AUGAAGUUCUUCACCACCAUCCUCGCCGUCACCUUUGCCGCGGUUGCCGUCCAGGCGCAGACUUGUGGUGAUGGAACGACUGCUGGGCCUGUUGACCCCGCCAAGGUCAACUCGUGUAUCUCGGGCUGCACCCAGACAGCCGCCGCGUCCGUUCCUGGCUGCGACCCCCUUGACAGGGGCUGCAUCUGUGGUGGCUCCACUUCGGCGGGUACUGCGCAACAGCAGGCCUUCUACAAGGCCGCGGUCAACUGCCUCAUCUCCAACUGUCUCUCCGUCAUUGGCUCGGCUCAGACCGUCUCGGACAACACUUGCAAGUAUGGCUUCUGCAACGUCGUUCUUCCCUCCGGUGCCACUCGCAAGCGUUCGCUUGAGAAGGCUCUCAAGCCCAGCUGCCCUCCGUUCCAGAAGCUCUGCAAGACUACCAAGGGCACCGUCAAGAAUUCGUUCCUCGUUCAGCUCGACGAGGGCAACUAUGACGGCUACGAGUGUGUCGACACCCUUCACGACCUCGAGUCUUGUGGUGGCUGCCCCGGCGUCGACGGCAUCGACUGCACGACCAUUGCCGGCGCCUCCGACGUGUCUUGUGUGCUCGGCUCAUGCAAGGUCCACGCUUGCGAUGAGGGCCUCACUCUUACCCGCGGCGUCUGUGUUUAA